CGACAACACCUCCGUCACCAACGUAUCCUUUUGAGCUGUUGGGUCAUAUUCGGAACCACAGACUGGGCUUUCGUCAUCAAGGCCAUGCUCAUGUUUUAACAUCAUCUGGCUAAACGAAAUUCUAUCAUCAAAAUUCACUUUGCCUGGCUUUCCUCCUCGUCUUGGGCUAAGUAUCCUAAAGCUCUAGCUCAUUGGCACUUGGACAGAUUCAAGUACUACAGCUAGGAUGUCGAAACGUAAACAGCCUCCCACUUUGGCGACACGGACCGGUUCCAUCUGGCGGGAACAGGAAGAAGACGAUCUUUUUGUGAGAGAUUCGAAGGAUACCCACCUUACCCCUGUGCAAGUCCAGCUAUUGUCAAAGCCACCUACCCUCCUGCGAGUGAACGUGAUCAAGCCGGAGCCGCGGGUUGCGGUAAAUGGGGUGAAUGAGCCAAUUAAGUUUCAAGAGAUUCCAUCACCCUCAAACUCGCCUAUACUCCAGCAGAAGAAGACGGUCAAGCGCGACGAGGUGAUGGAGCAAGGACGCCAAGUCCUGGACAAGCUCGGCUGGAGCCUUUACAACCAGCGAGAUCUCAGCGACGAGAUGAACGCCUGUCUUGACGAACACAAGGUCAGAGUGUUGACAGAGAAGGCAAAGGGCAAGGUUUAUGUUUGGGGCAUGCGGUACGAUCGGAAGUUCACGUUCUGGGUCCACCGAGCAUAUGAGGACCUGAAGGAGUAUUCUUAUACCGACAACGAAGAAGUCACUCAGCCGCUCCUUGCUUGGCGGGACAUGAUCAAAGAGCCCUUACGAGAGAUGAAUCUAAUCGCAGCGGAAGUAGGGGGGUAUGGGCAACGACGAAUUCUGCACGCCGCCGAGCAACUGAAAAAGGGCAUGGCAUGGCUCGACUGGCAAGAGCAGCGGCGACACGCGCAGCGCGAGGCCGCUGCGGAUGAGGAAAAGUGCGUGCGCGGAGAAUUUGCUGCGGCUGUCACCAAACUCACAAUCUCCCAUGGCGCCCUCAACGUAUCCAGCGGAAAGCUAGACGGCAAGCUAGACGAGCUGCUGCGGAAGACCGACAGACUCCUCGGGGCGAUCGAUUCGAAGGACGCGAGGCCAUCCAAGAAACAGCGGGUUGGGCAGGCGCCGACUUCGAGCAAGCGGGAGGAAAUCGCAAAGGAUGCCCAAAUUCUGGUGGACACACUGACGUUCAACCUUACGUCGAGCCGCGCCGCCUUUGGACAGAUGGAAAAGGUUUUGAAGCACUUCGAUAUGGAUGUGGCGAAGGACAUUGACUACGACCGCGAGAGAUGUCUCGCCCGACGCAGGCAGCGUAUCAGCGACAUGCUGGGUUCGAAUGAGUGAGCGGCGGGAUGAGGCGAGGAGAUGAUCGUAGAGUGAGCCAGGACAGUUCCAAGGGUUAAUUGCGGCUGGAGAGUCAAGGUGUUGCAGCAACAUGUUGUGGUGAGAUGGCGUUAGGGUCAAGAUGGUAGUUACCGGGAAUCCAGGAUCGUGGGAGUUGCAUUCGGCGUUCAGUUUCUUUCUUUCAACCAACAUCUCAGCUCUUGCUUAAAAAUCAUACUUUAUGACGAGUGAAGUGUUGUGGAGGUUUGAAUUGAC